AUGGAUUCCGAUGAAUUAUCCGGAUCUUCUAACGGGUCUGGCGAUUACGAAGAGCGUUUCCAGAAUGUGAUUCUUCGAGCCGCCAAACUAGAUAGACGGCGGAUUACAAAACAACCUGCCCCAAUCAUUCACCGAAGAGUACCAGUUGAUCGUGAUCGUAUUCAAGUACACGUGCGUUUGAUGCGUGACUACUUUGCUGAUGAACCGCGAUACAACGCAAGACUUUUCAGACGAAGGUUUCGUAUGUCAACAAAUUUAUUUGAGCGGAUAGUCGGUGAUUUGGAGGCUAGGUACCCUUAUUUUCAAACGAGAUAUGACCGUGCUGGGAGAAGAGGGUUCGCCGGGGUACAAAAGUGUACAUCUGCAAUUCGUCAAUUGGCAUACAACGUGAAUAGUGAUUUUCUUGACGAGUAUUUGCAAUGUCUGAGCGAACAUCAAGGGAAACUUGCCUACUAUUUUGUGUUGUGUAUAUACGAUGUCCAUGAACAAGUUCUUGGUUUUCCCGGUAUGAUUGGUAGUAUAGAUUGUAUGCAUUGGCCAUGGUUGAUGUGUCCGGCGUGGCGAGGUAGGUACACUAGCGGGCAUGUGGGUAGACCAUCAUUGAUCCUUCAGGCUGUAGCAUCCAACGAUCUAUGGAUUUGGAAUGCGUACUUUGGACAACAAGCUCCGUUUUGGGCAAACGGAAACCAUUACGAGAAGGGCUACUAUUUGGGCGACGACAUCUAUCCGGAAUAUGCUACAUUUGUGAAGACCUUUUCUGACCCGAUUGAUAAAAAAAUAAGACAUUUUAAGAAGAAACAAGAGUCGGCACGAAAGGGUAUCGAGCGAGCUUUUGGUGUGCUUAAAAACCAAUGGAAGGUUCUAAAACAUCCAUCACUAUAUUGGGACAAAAAAUCUAUCCAAGAUGUUUGUUAUGCUUGUAUCAUUUUACAUAACAUAAUCCUGGAGGACGAAAACAAGGUCGUAUGCCAAGACUACAACGCCCAAGAACCGAGCCAAAAUCCGGAUUAUUGGAGACACCUAACUCCAAUGGAAGUUCGGAUCCAAAAUAUGCAUGCCGUAAAAAACCGUGAAACCCACAACAUGCUAACGGCAGAUUUAGUUGACCAUAUUUGGGCGAACACACCACAUGACUUCAAGCCUCCAGCCGAUCCCUUUGCCGAUCUUCGAGAUUAUGUUAGCACCGACGACGACGACUCUGAUUAG